CAGUCAUCUUGACUCACUGCUAGAAAUGGAGCAACACAACUCUUCCACCUUCAUCUCCUUCACCCUAAACUCCUUCAACUCUAAUGCCUCCUUCCUCAGUCCUGCACCCAUCCCUUGGAACCGUGAUGGUCUGGCCGCUGGCGUGGUCCUGUCUCUUUGCUUCCUAAUCGGCAUACCCGGGAACAUCGCAGUGAUAGUUGUCCUCUGUCGGAACCACAAUCUAUCCAGUUUGAGCCGGAGACUGAUGUUGAACUUGGCUGCAUCAGACCUGCUAUGCCUUGUCACCCUGCCUGUAUGGAUCCACAGCAUUCUGUUUAGCUGGAUAAUGGGUCGGGCUAUUUGCAAGUUAAUGUCCUUCCUGAUUUACUGUAGCAUCUACACCAGCUUGCUGACUAUCACGCUUCUGAGCAUCCAGCGUUACCUCCAGGUUCUGUAUCCACAGACUUGGGCCGUGCUGGGAGUGGCAAAGGAAAGGGGACUGCUGGUUGUCCUGUGGGGGGUAGCCGGGGUCCUAUCUAUCCCUAAUUGGGUGGUGCGAGAUUUGAAGCAGGAUGAGAAUGGACAUUUCCAGUGUACGUUUGUUUUCGCGUCAGACGCUCAGCAAGUGGCCGUGUUGCUCCUACAGACUGUUCUGGGAUUUGUAGUUCCUUUCUCCAUCAUGGCCACGGCCUAUAUCCGCCUCCACCGAAGAGUGAACCAAACAGCGUUUUUCAGGAGCCCCAAGAUGACCAGAUUAGUGACCAGUAUAGUAGUGACAUUUUCCGUUCUUUGGACUCCUCACCAUGUCAUGAACUUGCUGGGAUUGUCAGCAAUCUUUGUAGGGGAUAAGGCUCUGAGAGGAGUCUGGGAGGCCCAUUGGGGAACUGUUGGAUCUCUGACCUUCAUCAACAGCUGUUUGGAUCCAUUCCUCUACGCCUUUGCCUGCAGAAACACCCACCCAGAGAACAGUACCAAUCCAGUCUGACUCAGUCGUCCCCAUUGAUCCCAAAGCCACAAUCUGUAAGAUUUCGAGCCAUCUCAUUGGCAAUUUCCACAGUAUAAUAAUGAAUAUUGUUUGAAAUCAAAUCUGGAAAACAUUUCAAAUGUAAAUCAGAGAGUAUAUUAAAGGGGAAGUUCAGGAAUUUACAACAACUGAAAGUGGUCUAUGGGACAGGAGAAACUAUAUUCCAUGGUUCAGUUUUCAUUCAUUUUUUCCCAUCCACUAGCAAACUAUUAAGGGAAGUCAUAGGGGCAUGUGUGCAUGUUUAUUAGUAUUAUUUAUGUCAUAAUCACCUUUAAAUAACAUCAAACCAAAUAUGGAGUUAAUUUGAGUUGAUUUGGCCUUGACAUUUUGACAAUUGCACAAAUGCCACUAUCACUCCCAUUUAUUUGUAUCGAGAGGUGGAUAAAGUUUGUAGGGGCUGUUUAGGGAAAACCAAACCACAGAUUACAGUUUCUUCUGGCCCAUAGAUACUUUCAAGGUGAGGAAGUGACGCAGUGGUCUAAGACACAGCAUCUCAGUGCUAGAGGUGUCACUACAGACAACCUGGUUCGAAUCCAGACUGUAUCACAACCGGACGUGACUGGGAGUCCCGUAGGGCGGCGCACAAUUGGCCCAGUGUUGUCCGGGUUUGAAAGGCCGUCAUUGUAAAUAAGAAUGUGUUCUUAACUGACUUGCCUAGUUAAAUAAAAUAAUCUAACAUAAAGGACUGUUGGCAUUCCAUAUGAACACCCACACAAUUUUAGCUAUAGCAUGUGGUUACUCUGCAUCCCAUGCUCAUUACAGGGACUCUUCAGUUCAUUCACAUGCACAGCAGCAUGACAACAUUCCAGGGUACACAGCAAUACAGUAGCCCUGUAAAAUAAAUUGCAAUAACAUUUCAUAACUGAUCUCAUACAUGUACAAUUGAACACUGUACAACGUAAUGGACUAUUUGGAGAGACUACGGUAUGUUUUUACUGUCACACAUUCCACUGCCCCUGUUCUCUUGUGUUCUCAGAAGUGAUGUAUCUCUAGGGCUUCCAGAAGACGGUCCCACCCAUUGCAUGUCAAAAACGUGAUUGGCUUAUUCCACUGUCUCUCCAAAAUUCUGCCUUAAUACAGUUGAUUGGCAGAGGGCUUCUGUCCAGCUUCUGAGGAUCUAGCCACUCAUCACAUCCUGUACCAAAAGGUUGGCUGGUCCUCAUUAAAGUCCCAUAGAUCACUUCACUAUUCCCUUUUGGUUUAUAAAGCUCUACUACACAAGCUUCCGACUUACCUAACUUUGUUGUUGAAGUAUAAAAACAAGGUUGGUUUACUCUUGAGAUUCCGCGGGUGUCCACCUAAAAGGGUAAAUACGCUUUUAGUUUCAACUCCUUUGGAAAUUCCUUACACAUCCAUAAAGUCUCUAUAUCUCAUGACGCUGUACUUAAUUUAAUGUCAGACUCCUUUCUUUGGUCAUUAUAACACAUACAGUUGAAGUCUGAAGUUUACAUACACUUUAGCCAAAUACAUUUAAACUCAGUUUUUCACAA